AUGACUAUAUCGUCGGCAAAUCGAAGUUUUCUUAAAAGAGUCAUGGCGAGUGACACCAGCUCAGCAGUGCUGGAGCUAAAUGAUGCUGACAUCACAGAAGAUACAGACGCACAGAGUGUAACUGACGAUGCAAUUGAAGGGGCUCCGCUAAUCAUGGAGCAUGGCUAUGAUAUUGCCAUAAAAGUGGAUGCACCAAUGAAACAGCUGUCCACGCUGGAAACGUACGUGACUUACCGUGUGCGCUGCGUAUGCGCCCGCUGGCCCACCCCACCCUACGUCAGGAGGCGGUACAACCACUUCAAGAUGCUGCACCGGCGGCUCUGCGCCGCCAACCCGCUCCUGGCCCCGCCGGCGCUGCCACCGCUGCACUCUGCCCGCCAGCAGCUGGACAGAUACCAGCCCGCGUUCGUGCACAUACGCGCGCUAGCUCUCCACGCGUUCCUCGACCGCGUAGCGAAGCACCCGAUCUUGACGCACAGCGAGGACUUCAGGCUGUUCCUCACCACGCCUGAUGAGGAGUUGGACAAGGUAUUCAAAAACGAGAACAGCGCACUGAACCUUUGGGGUCUCAGCAGCGCGCUGUACGGCAGUGCGGACUCGAAAUCUGGAAACGGGGCGAGGGUCAAGGAUCCAGAGUUCACAUCAGCGGCGGAUUACCUGCAGUCACUGGAACAGAAACUGACCACGCUGUGCGCCCUCACCAACAAACUCUACAAGGGGUCCACCUCUCUCAGCACCGAGUAUAUGGGGAUGCGGCGCGCGUGCGACGCGUGGGCCACGCAGGCGGGGGGCAUGGUGGCGCGGGGGGCGGGCGCGGCGGGGGCGGGGGCGGGGGCGGCGGCCGCCAGCCGCGCGCGCGCCCCCCUCCGCCACCGCGCCACGCUGCCCCUCCUGGCGGCGUACGCCAACGCCCACCUGCAGAAGAUACGGCAGCGGGACGCGCUCCACGCCGCCUACGUCUCCGGUAACAACACGACGGGUGACUUGCACAACAGACUGGAGCAGGCGUCCGAAGCCCUCCGCUCGGAGCUCGCCGACUGGACACCGAAGACCCGCGCCGAGAUAAAGUCCCAACUCCUCGAGCUGGCGGACCGCCAAGUGGGGGCGCACGCGCUCAGCCUGGACGGCUGGCAGCGCGCCCUCAGCCUCGCCACUUCGGAGCUCGACUCCAGGGAGAUCUUCAAGACGGUGUCCAAGGCGGCGGUGCGCAGCCUCUCGCCGUCCGGCUACAGGGAGGAGGAUGCCAGUGACUGUUCUGGGGGGGCGGAGGCCGGCCUCAGCACGGACGCCGAGGGCGACGCCCCGCAGCACCCGCGCGCCCUCUCCGAUGUGGAGCUCUCG